UCAUUUGUCUCAUUGAAGGGGGAGGGGAGAGAAAGUAUAGAGGAAGAGAGGGGGAUUUAACAUUCACAAAAAAAGGCGACACCAACAGAGAAUGCGCGAUGGAGAAAAACGACAGAGGUGAGGAAGAAGAGGAAGAACAGAGGCGGGAGAGGGGGGAGGCAGGUCGUUUGUAUAGUUUGUGCCCCACUGGGAAGAAGUUCCGGAGCAAGCCUCAAUUGGCCCGUUACCUUGGCAACUCCAUGGAUCUCAGCUCCUUUGAUUUCCGCACAGGCAAGAUGCUCAUGAGCAAACUGAACAAGAACAGACAGAGACCCCGAUAUGACAACAAUAGCCAGACUAAGGGCAAACCUGACCUGAAUACGUCCCUCCCAGUACGACAGACGGCCUCCAUCUUCAAACAGCCUGUCACAAAAGUUACCAACCACCCCAGCAAUAAGGUUAAAACAGACCCACAGAAGGCCAUUGACCAGCCCAGACAGCUUUUUUGGGAGAAGAAGUUGAGUGGCCUCAAUGCCUUUGACAUAGCAGAGGAGUUGGUGAAAACAAUGGAUCUCCCCAAAGGCUUACAAGGAGUGGGCCCUGGCUGCACAGAUAAGACCCUGUUGUCAGCUAUUGCCAGUGCUCUUCACACCAGUGCGGCCCCCAUCACGGGCCAGCUGUCCGCCGCUGUGGAGAAGAACCCCGGCGUGUGGCUCAACACGGCUCAGCCUCUCUGCAAGGCCUUCAUCGUCACAGACGAGGAUAUCAGAAAGCAAGAGGAGCUGGUGUACAGCGUGCGAAAGCGACUGGAGGAGGCUUUGAUGGCCGACAUGUUGGCUCACGUGGAAGAAACGUCUAGUGAGGGUGACGCACUCAAACAGGAGGGGAAUUGCAAUGAUGAUAAACAGGAAGUAUAGCAAAGGGCAUUCAAAUGUGUCUGAAUUACCCGCACAUGAGUUUCCCAACACAACCAGACACUUGUUGAUCAACACACCACGGUGAUCUCCCAGCUUCGCUGAACAUCCAUCCAUGUACGCCCCUC